AUGACCGAUAUAGCAGUGAAACCGGGAACGCCUGUGAGCCAGGCGUUUCAAGACUUUGAUCUAGAUAGAAAACGGAAAUCAAAGUCGCCAGCAUUACUCGAUCCGAGAAGUGGCAAAGAUCACGAUGACUCAGAAACCCCCGAGGAGAUCGCCAAACAGUACAAGAAAUACCAGAACGCUCCCAAAUACAACCUUAACUCUGAGGAACUCUUCUGCAUCUGCCGAAGACCUGAUCACGGCGGAGAGCUCAUGAUAGGCUGCGAUGGGUGUGAGGAAUGGUUCCAUUUCACUUGUAUGAAGAUGAAUGAAGCCUACCAACUGCUAAUAGAUAAAUUCUACUGCAAGUUUUGUCAAUGGCAGGGUAAAGGUCGCACACGCUAUAACAAGAUCUGUCGUCUUCCUGGUUGUAUGAAACCCAUACGAUCGGAGCUCAAAUCAAAAUACUGCUCAGAAGAGUGUGGGCUUGAGUAUAUGAAAAGGUUUCUUGAGGAGCUGGAAAAGUUAAGCAGGGAAGAGAUGAAGUUUGCAUUGACGAAGUGUAGAGCUCGAGAUGAUCUUGUGAGCUUUGGGGCCACUUUUCCCGAGCUCCCUGAGAUCGCUAAUCAGAACUUUGAGAAGCUACCCGAAAACAUUCAGAGGAAGUUGAGCUCUAGCGAGAGCAAAAUGAAAAAGAUUGAGAAAGAUUUACAGGUUUGCAAUAUGCAAGAGGAAUACCUUGGGCUUCGUAAGGAGGUUGUAAAGAAAGUGAAUGAGGCGUUGAAAGAGAAGUCGAAAUCAGAAAAUGAUGCGGAUGAGGAGGAAGGGCCCUCAAAGAAGAAGAAAAAGAAAUCCAAGUCUGCUCAGUUCGACCUUUGCUGCUUUGAUAGCUCUCUUUACGACGACAAACCAGAGGAAUUCUAUGCCAAUGCUCUCGAAAACUCCGCAAAUACCGUUGCGAAUUGCGUUGAACACAUUGUCGCUCUAUACCGCGAGCAACAGGAUGGCAAAGAAAGCAAAGAAAGUACGGUCUGCCUUCAAGACAGAAGGAAGUGUCUCAAGCAUAAUGGUUGGUGGAACCUCAUCGCAGAUGAGCUCUGGAAAAGGCUGAUUGAACUUCAGGACUCGCUUGUUCUUUUAGAAAAUGAAAAGCAAGAGACUGUGAGAGAUUACAGCGUGCAAGUUUACGAAGAUGACUCAUAG